GCAUGCACUAGUCAAGGAAAUCUUUCACUGCGAUUCGUUUGUCGUGAAAAUCAUGGAAACUGAAUCUUUUGCGCGCAUGCUCUCAGGUAACAUAACAAACCUUGCUCUUGCCAAUGGCUACUUCAAAAGAUCUUAUUGGCUAUCAGUGCGGCCAGGACAUUUAAUUCUGCUUCGCAAGUUACUUUCGGUUUAAUCUUCUUUCGAAAAGAAGAAUUUUCAAAAAGAUAAUAAUUAAUUUGAUACGGGUGAAGCAGAUAUAAAUCUCAUUUAUAUUGUAAAAAAUGACUUCUAUCGAACAUUAAUUAAUAUUUCUACUUAUCUUUAGAUUUUCAAACGAGUUUUCAGUUUAGUUUUUUGAAGCAUUAUCUAGAAUGUCAGAAAAGUAUACAAUCCGUCGUCGAAAUUGGACGGAUGAUGAAAUAAAAAUAUUAAUCAGGUCUUGGAGGGAUCAUUAUGGCGAAUUAAUAUGUUUUAGAAGAAAUAGACGAGUUUACGAUAAAAUGGCGGCAGAAUUAGCAGUAUAUGGUUACAACAGAGAGUCAAGUGAAAUUCAAUUAAAAAUAAAAAACUUUUCAGCUCAAUUCAGGAAGGAGAAAAUUCUGAAAGCAAGAUUAGCAUCUUAUCACAUUCAGUGGAAGUACUAUGGGGCUGUUGGUAAAAUUUUGAAUUCAUCUCUGUCUAAUCCUGCGAGUUUAUCCAGAAGUACUUUGAAUAAAACAUGCUCUCUACAAGUUGAUUUUGGCAAUGGUGGUUCAGAAUCUUCAGAACAUUCCGAAGGAAGUUCAGCUCCUGCAUCUCCAAAAAUAUCAAGUCUUCAACUUAACUUAUCUGCAGAGGGAAAUCUUGCUAUUAAAGAUACUAAAGCUGACUUACCAUCUGGAUCUGAAAAUAUGUUGACUGAAAAUAAAAGCUCUUCUGUCAUCUCUGAUACUCAGGUUUCUAACAACAUUUCGCAACUUCUCAAAAGCAAUAAAACUAAAGAAGAUUUAUUUGAAGAGUUAAUCAGGGAAUUUCAGGAAACUAACAGAAGUAUAAAAGAAUCAGAUUUACUUCUUCGCACUUUAUUAAUUGAAAAUAAUGAACUUAUUAAACAGCAAAAUGAGUAUAUUCUACAAUUAUUGAGUAAAUGAUUAUGCAU